UGUAAUGUUUAUGAGUUUUUUUACAAUUUUCUGAAAAUAAUGUUGAAUUUUUUAAAGACAGAGCAAAACCACCUUGUCAUUUUACAUUCCUAAAAACUUCUAGAUAAUUUUUACCAUAUUUUUAUGGUGUGUUGUGGAAUACUGUUAAAUGAUAUGAAAUCAGAAAACCCUAACCUUCAUUUAAACUGUGAUAGUCAUAGCUCGAUUAUUAAGAAUAAUAAAAAACUGAUUUUAUUUGAAAUUGCAUUGAAAUUAAGAAUGCAGAAAAAGGAAAGGUAUAUUUUUAAUUAAUUUGUAGAGUACCUAUCGAUGUUUUUGAGUUAGUGGUUAUAACUCAUGGUUUAAAAGUAAAAAUGAAUGCUAGCAGAAGUACAAUUAAAAAUUUGCGUAAUUUCACACACAUGAGAGAUAUUCAUCUAUCUACAAUUAACUGUAAAAAAGUAAUAGCAAAGAAUGGUAAAAAUUCUAGUUCUACACGAUGGUUAACGAGACAACUUUCUGAUCCUUAUGUAGAAAAAUCAAAAACAAUGAAUUUAAGAUGCCGAAGUGCAUUUAAAUUAAUAGAAAUAGAUGAUAAAUAUAGAUUUCUAACUGCUGGGCAAGUUGUAAUUGAUUGUGGUGCAGCUCCUGGAUCUUGGACCCAAGUUGCAGUGAAAAGGGUUAAUGCGGUUGCAUUAAAUCCUCAAGAACCACGUGGAAUUGUUAUUUCAAUCGAUAAACAACCCAUAUAUCCAAUAGAAGGCGCUAUUAUUAUAGGAAAUGCCGAUUUUACACAACAAGAGACACAUGCAAAGUUAAUAGAUACCUUGCAAGGCCGAAAAGUAAACGUAUUUUUAUCAGAUAUGGCACCUCGUGCAUCAGGCAUAAAAGAAAUGGAUGAUGAUAAAAUGGCAGACUUGUGCUAUUUAGCUUUAAGGUUUGCAUUACAAGUUUGCGAAGUGAAUGCAUGUUUUUUAAUUAAAUUGUGGCAGUCUAAAUAUCUGAAAGAUUUAGAACAAAGUGUUUCACAGUACUUUCAAACUUUUAAGAUUGUUAAGCCACUUGCAAGUCGCUCCGAUUCAGCCGAAAUAUAUUUAUUAGCAAGAAAUUUUAAAGGUCUUUGUAAAACGUGAUGUGUUAGUUAUGUUAAAUUACUGGUGUUUGUUUAAAAUUGAUGUACAAGCAUUGAAAAUAACUUAAUAAACAAAAUUUAGAUAUUUUA